AUGUUCUUUCUUUUCUUUCUUUCCUGUAUUUUGCGUUUUUCAUAUUCUUUCUCUCUUCUUUCUUUUUUUCUUUCUUUCUUUCUUUCUUGUAUUCAGCUUCCUUCCUUCCUUGUAUUUUUCGAUAUUCCUCUUUCUUCCUUCAUUCCUUCCUUCCUUCCUUCCUUCACUCCUUUUUCCAUCUUUUCUUUCUGGCAUUUUUCUCAUCUCACUCCCUCCCUUCCUUCCUUCCUUCCUUGUAUUUUUCGACAUUCCUCUUUCUUCCCUCAUUCCUUCCUUCCUUCCUGGUACUAUUUAUUAUUCCUCUUCCUUCCUUCCUUCCUUCCUUCCUUCCUUCCUUCCUUCCUAACUACAAGUUCACAUUUUCUUUCUGCUAUUCCAACUUCUGUCUUCUUUUAUUCUUAUGCUUUCAUUCAUCCUUUUUUCUUUUCUUCUUUCCUUCCUCCUUUCUUUCCUUCCUUCAUUUCAUCUUCCUUCCUUCCUUCCGUCCUUUCUUUCUUUCUUUCUUUCUUCUUUUUAACGUUCUUUCUGUUUAUUUGUUUCUAUUUCAGUUUCCUUGCUCUCUUCCUUCAUUUUCCCUUUUGUAUUUUCUUUUUUUGUUUUUCCAUCUUGUUUUUCCUUUCUUCAUUCUUUUUUAUCAUCCCUGCUGUUUUCUUUGACUUUCCUCUUUAUUUUCCUUAUUUCCCGUUCCUUCCUUCCUUCCUUCCUUCCUUCCUUCCUUCUUUCCUUCCUUCCUUCCUUCCUUCCUAA